AUGGAGACCUUUCGACACCUGACCACCCCGUUGAGAAAGCACGACCGAGGUGCCGACACCGCGAUGCCUGCCUAUGUGAUCGGAAGCCGCCCUACGAAGCCGUUGUCUGCCAUGUCCAUUGAAGAACUGCUCGACUACCUACCUGACUGCAGUCCCUCCGCGGUCACUCAAGUGUGGCUGCCUGCAGUUCGCGCCCAAUUUCAAAAGAUGAUCGCCCUGCUCAACGACGUCGGCGAACUGAAAAUCGAGUCUAGCCUGAACCAGAUUGCUUUUCAGAAAGUCGGUUUGCCUUUCCCACAAGACACACAACAACAUAUUGAUCGGUCGCAGGAUCUGAAGAGCUUCUCGGACGAAAUCCGCCUCAUCGCCGCUUCCUACCACAAAGUCCUCGAGUCGGCAGAGUCACUGGUCGAACGGGAUACCAAAGCCUGCCAUGAACGUCUCCACGAGCUAGAGGACCAGGUGGCAGAUGCUCUGGAGAAGAUGGGAGCAAAGGACGAGGAGAUUGCGGAACAGGACCGAACGAAUAUCGAGCUUAGACAUACUAUCCACGACAUUGCCCACAUCCUAGGCUCGUUCAUUCAUGACAAUGUCUCCAGCUGGGUCCAAACCAUCAACGAGCCGAGGACUGAAGAAGUUCUCCAGAUCAUUUCCGAUUACACUCGCCAUGCCGACAAUCAAACCAAAUCGGUGCCGUAUAUUCGGGUCCCGGAGUCUGCGAUCACACAAUACGCAGAAGACGUACGAGAGGCCAAGGCUGUAUCUAAGGAAUACCGAGAGCUUGUACACAGCCAGAGUGCCAUGGUCAACGAGCAUUCUCGCAACCUGGACACUUACACGAACAAAUACGAAAUCGCCGUGAGGCUGAUUAAAGAACGCGACCACGAGAUAUUGCUUCUGGCCCAAAAGAUCGAAUCCAUGACCAAGCGACUGCAAGAGUGUGAAGCUGCCCUGGUUCAGAGUCAAGAGUCAAUUGAGGAGGUAGAGAGCAAGGCAGGACGAUACGAGGAACUUCGAGGAAACAUGGACAGUUUGAAAAUCGCACAUACCCUCGAGAUCGCCCAACGCGACGACGAGAUCUCGCGUUUGCGUCAGAUGUUGGGAAGCGCGCGAGAAGAAGUCUUUGCGCGACGGGCGGAUGUGAAGAACAUCAUCAGUCAGUCCCAAACUGGUCUGUCUGCCUCUGACUUGGCUCCAGCAACAAUGAAAGGGGGCCCCGCUUCCAAGGCACUGAGAUUCUUCGGCAUGGACCGGGACAAGGAGAGAGGGAGGAGAGCCGUGUUGCCGUCAAGCCAAAGCAUGAUUGGGUUUGCCUCGUCGCAUCACGACGCCACCACUCAUCCGUUUGACACGAGAUACUCGUCGAAAGAAGUAGCACCUGCGAAGAGCAGAUCUCUCCUUCGGCACGACUCGCCGUUGGGGAAGCGUCGACAUGCCGAGACCACGCCUACUACUCCAGCCGACGGUUCAGACAGUUGCAGCGGCUCCAUGGCCUCGCUGCAAGCGGCAGUCCGCCCUCGAUCUGACUCUCUGGGUGCCACUCAGCGUCAUGGUGUUCUCCCGUCGCCCAUUAACACACAGAAGGCCCUUCCGGACCCGCCUGCACGUUCGCAACCGCCGCUUGUCUCUGCGGCUCGGCUUGCCGAGAUCACGCAGAGUGAUGACAGCCCCAUGGCCGUGCAGGUUGCUUCCGAUUACUUCCAACACAGCAUCCUCGGGCAGACCGCGGCUCGACGAGUGCUCAGCAACAUCCCCGAAGUCUCUACAUACGGCUCAUCCGACGCAGGAGAGGCCAAGGACCCGGAGUUGAGCUACUACGAGGAAGGAUCCGACGGAAGCGUUGCCAGCAGUGACCGCGAGGUCUACCGCAAGAGCGUCUGUGCCCUGGACAUGUUGAACUCGUCGACCCUGCCGUACAGCGAGACUGAGACUGACGUCGAGGCAAUCCUUCGUGGAGUGGCAGGGACCGAGUCCGAGGGUCAUUACCCUAACGUUCACACAUUUGACGAGGAUCACAGCGACGAGUUCGAGACGGGCCUUGCGCGUGUGCUGCAUUUGCGCCCGGGGAACCAUGACCUGAGAGCGGUGAGAGAAAGAGAGCGAGAUGGAGAUCGAGAGGAAAGAUUCAGGCAGAGCUUUGUCUCGGAUGGUUCGGGGUAUCGCUCUGAGGGAUCGGAGCCCAUGACCGUCGCGCAGUUGUACCAUCGAGGACGCCGCCAUAUUCGAGGCUAG